CAGGAGCACUGAAAUCUUGAGACAAUCUUUGCUGUAUUUCUAACGUUAGAAAAGUUGGAGACUGCUAAUAAAAGUGAAGCAGACCAGAGGUGAUCCCCUUUUAUUUAAGAGGCCAGGCUUUUUGACUGCAUCAACUGUCGAGCCUUCAAUGCAGGUUUUGAGGGGCAUUUGUUCCCCAGCAGAGAGAUAAACUGCUGUAAGAUACCAUGUUUAACCCAGUUUGAUGAAAGAUGUUGCCCCCAGGUGUAGUACUGAACUGACUCUAGUUUUCCUCCAGGGUAUAUUUGGGAGCUCUGUGGCACAUCCUUAUGCCAUUUCUGUACAUUAUUUCAUCAUGAUGCUGAAUUGCUCAUUCUGACAUACUACGUUAGUGAGUGUCUUCCCACAUCUGCCUAGCAGGAGAAAAGUCUUCUUCUCUCUGUUUCUAGCAGUGUCUGAGAUGUGAGGUUCAUGUUAAAUUUUAUGUGGGAUUAAUAUUGGCAGUAUCAUUAAGUCAGGUUAGUUGACAAGUUUGUUGUUUCUUCUGGUGUUGUAUCCUUGUCAGCCCUGAAGAGGUUUCCCAAGUUAUUCAUGGUGUUUGCUGUGUCCUGUCCAGGUCUGAGACUUGUGAUGCUCCUUUUUUGCCUCCCUUCUCCCCACUCCCUCACUAGCUGCUGUCCAGCCUGUCUUGCUGUGAAAUGGUGUCUUGUGGCUCAGCUCACAUCCUUCUCUCCCCUGUCUCCCUUGCUGUAGCAUUGUGAGCCAGUGUACUCUGGACCGUCCCUUUAGCAAUAUGCCCAGUCUGAAUAUAUAAAUGGAUUGUCUUUUUUGUUCUCCAGAGGAGAAUAAAUGGCUACAGUGCAUUCAUUGAUUUCCAUUAACUUUAUCCUUUAGCUUAAGCUCUCCAGAAUAUUCCUAGCAUAUGAGAUGCUUUUUUGAGGCCAAACAGCUUGGCAAUGAGUGAGUAGUGUGGUGGGGCAGCACUGGAAUUAAGUCUUCAUCACAAGGAAUAGGAGAUCUCUCCUAGUUCCCUGCAGCACCUUCCAGCUGAGAGUCCUUCACCAGCUAGUCCAUGCACACCUCCUUCCCCAAAUGGCCUCUCUUUCAAGGAAAUGUCACCAAUACAUGUGUACCACAAAAUGCCAACAGGCAGCUUACUAAGUGGACACACCUGAACAACUGCACGGGCAUGAUCAGAACAGCCCUGGCAGUGUUCCUAGAGCACUGUGCUUUUGUGUUCUGGGAACAUACAAGUGAUAGAAAACCUGCAAAAUAUCAGUGAUGCUGCCUGAUGGGCACAUGCAGCUGUGCAUGUGAAGUCAAGCAAUAACGUGCCAAAACCCAACAACACAAAAAUGAGUCCAUAAUCACCAGCACAGCUCAUGGAAAUUAUUUUAGGGUUUUAGUUUGCCUUGCUAGGACAAGACUGUAGGCAACUUGCUAAUUUAACACUGGUAAUCUAUGCUUUCUCCUGUGUACAGUGUCUAGAUAACAGUGUGAAUCCUUGUAGAGAUGAUGCAUCUUUAACCAGCAGCAAAACAAAACCACAAUUGCUAACUGGCACUAAAAAUAUUAUGCACGUGAGUGGUCUUGUAGCAGCCAAGGAAGACUUAUGUCAGCAUUGACAGAUGAAGUGUGCUUGAAGUAGUGGUGUGGCAGAAGGUAGGAGGAGGUAAUCUGUGUGCCACCACCCUGGUCUUUUUCUCUGCCCAAUGACUCAGAAUCACAUUGCAUUGGUUAGAUUGUUAACUCUGCCCAGUGACUUAGAAUCUUGUGGUGUUGGUUGGAUGGUUAACAACCAUGGGAAUGUAUUUAAGUGAGUAAAAAGAGGGUUCCAACCAGAAGGUCAUUCCUGAGAGCCUAGCCAGCUCUAGCCAGCAGUAACUCAGUUUGUUGCAAGAUGAGAAAAAUUUUGGGAAGAAUCUUACUGUAAGGAAACUUCCCUGGUGGUUGUGUCUUCUGUGAGGCCUGACCUGGCCAGAAGUGAAUGAGAGUGGAAGAUUUAGAUUUAGUAUCAAUUCAGGAGCCACUAGGAAAGAUGAGAACAAGCAUGUCUCAAUUCAAGCUUUGUACGACAACAUUGAAGGAGAAUCUCAUUGCAGGCAAUUUACAGGAUAGUCUGGAUUUCAUGUGGGGCUGUGACAUCCACCACUGUCUGUAUGCACUUGUUUGGGAUCUACCAGCUUUGCAUUGCCUGGGGCAGAAGUACUUUUGCAAAAAAAAAAAAGAGUGGGAAAAAAAAUGAAGGGACAAGGAGGAGAUAGAUGUCUCCUCCAUUUGAGAGGAAGAAAACCUCUUUUUGAAUAUACAAGAAGGAAUUCUUGAUAAAUAUGGCAAGAAAGGGAUGAAGAAGAGGAGUAAACCAAAGCUGAUGUUGGUGCCUCACAAGGAGCUCCUGUUCCUGUGUCUGUAAAGGCAAUGGUUUGCUUAAGCUUUGCCUGUUCAAUCUGAGCUCACACUUAUUUUUUAUUGUUGGUGUGCCAUUGCUUUUACCUGUGUUUUGCUACUGCAUUCAGAUAUAUCCAAUACUCAAUAAAACCACCAGGCAAACAGCCUGUUUAUAACUGCUGCCACCCCCUCAGGGCUUGUAGAAUGCUCCAUUUGGAGAAGUAUGUUAAGGACAUUCAGAAAAGAUGAAUAUAUGCUAUAUGAAUAUAGUGAAGUGUUAAAAGUGGAAAUCCAAAUUAAAACCAGUGUUGAAGCUCACGGAAAAUUCAAGUUGGCUGCCACUGGUUUUUAGUUUGUAAAUAAUGGAAUCUGCCACAGCACUGUUCCCUUACUUGGCUCUGUAGAGGUAAGGUUUGCAUGAAAGUACAAAAUUGAUUAGCUUAUUAGCUUCAUUGUCUUGUUCUGUGUCCAUCUUUCUACACUCUUUAAAGAAUCAGUGCAAAAGGUUUCCAAGACAGAGUAAGCCUUUCAUGCCCACCUUCUGGAGAUGACUGCCCUGAAUUAAGAGACAACUGAUCAUCAGGCUCCAUGGGCUUAAGAAGUUAAGGGCCAUGGUCUGAAGGAUACUCUCCCCUCUUUUCCUCCCCCCCCCCACUCCUUUUACGUGUUCAUGUAGCAUCUCAGCCUCUGCUGGUUUGCUUUUGGGUGACUGUCAUGUCUGUAUGUUACCUGUUUUUAGUCAUCGUAAAAGUACGCGCAUAGAUCCUUACCCAAGCGCUGCACGCUACCAAAUACCUCUGGACUCACAGGCUGCUGCGGUGCUCUGUGGGCCUGGAGGUCAGGUCCUGCACACUGAAAUGCCUGCAGCGUUCUCUUAGGAGCCUAAAUUAUCCCAUUUGAGUCAGUGUAGACGUUGGGUAGAAAGAAUGAAGUAUUACAGUUGAAUUGAACCAAGCUGAAAUUGGUAUCAUCCUUUUAUCUUUUUUUUUUUCCCCCUUGUUGAUCCUCUCAGAUUUAUUGAGGUUUAUGCUUUUCUGAGCAGCUUUUCUUCCCUGAGGUUAUAAUGUGGAUUUUGCAUCAAAUCCUGGUUAGGAAGAUUUUGUAACAUGAAAUGUAUCUUUCAUUAACAGGCUUCUUUAAGGGGAAAAAAAUGUUAUUUCUGAGCCAGAUCACGGAGACAGGAGAUAUUUUUUUCCUCUAGGAAUUAUUUGCUAUAGGCUGACACGGGAAAAGAAAGAACUUCUUGGCGCAGCCCUUCUGACUUAUAUCUGUGAAUGUCUGUAAGACUGAGCAGCUACAAAGUGCUGUCUGAAUUCAGGCCUGAGACCUGGCGCCUUGCAAAGCUCGAUGUGGUGGAAGCCACCAUACACUGUCCCUGCUGGAGAGGAGACCUAUCGACUUCCUUCUGUAUGGCUAUUGUAUAGGAAUGGCUGCUGGGUUUGGCAAAGCCUCCACAUCCGUGAUGAGCUGAGGAUUCCUGGGCUGUGGAAGGAGGAGAGACAAACAAGGUCUGCUCAGGAAUUGACAGAGCAAAGCAAAUCAGCUGUGAGAUUGAAAGAGGACAUGAAAAAAAUAGCUGCACUUCCACUGAGCAAGCAGAAGGACACAACCUGUCCAAAAGUGUUUGGUGUGAGUCUUCUGGAGCUCCAGCAGCAGGGACUGAGCAAGAAUGGCAUCCCAAUAGUUGUAUGGAAUAUAGUCGAGUACCUCACCCAGCACGGUAUGACACAGGAAGGCCUCUUCAGGGUAAACGGCAGCACGAAAAUGGUAGAACAGUUGCGUCUGCAAUACGAGCGUGGAGAAGAGGUGGAACUUGGUAAAGAUGGAGAUGUGUACUCAGCAGCCAGUCUUUUGAAAUUAUUUUUGAGAGAGUUGCCAGAUGGGAUUAUAACCUCUGCCUUACAUCCCAGGUUCAUUCAGCUUUACCAGGACGCUAGAAAUGACGUGCAGAAGGAUAGUAACUUGAAAGAACUCCUUCAGGAGCUGCCUGAUGCUCAUUACUGCCUGCUGAAGUAUCUGUGCCAGUUCCUGAUAAAGGUUGCUGAACAUCAUGUAGAGAACAGGAUGAACCUUUGCAAUCUUGCCACUGUAUUUGGACCAAACUGCUUUCAUGUGCCCUCGGGAUUUGAAGGCAUCAAGGAACAGGAGAUCUGCAACAAGAUAAUGACGAAAAUGUUAGAAAAUUACAAUAGCUUGUUCGAAUUGGAAGGUUUGAAGAAGGAUGAAGAAAAGCCUGUGUGUGAGGAGCUAACAAAAAUUAUUUUAGUAAAAAUGACAAAGUCCACAGUGGAAGGAUCCAGCCAAACGUGCCUAGUGCCACAACCACACCUGUCAGAUGGAAUACCUCAGGUCAGCCUGCGAUUAUCAGAUGGCAGUUCACGUUGGAAGGAGAUGGAUGUAACAGACGAAAUCUCCUUCAUUAACAGUGAUACAUUUUCCUUCAGCUCCCAGGAAGAUGAGCGGCCUAUGUCACCCUUCUAUGUGAGUGCCCACAUGUCACAAGUCAAUAAUAACAUUCCUGCUACAGGAGAGUAUUUAGAGAAGACAAUCCGCUCAGCCGUGGAGCAGCAUCUCUUUGAUGUUCAUGGCUCAGGCGGCCAGAGUUCAGAGGACUCUGAAUCGGGAACAUCUUCAGCCUCUUCUAAUGUGUCUGCCAGGCAGAGGAGGCGCCAUCACAAAGAGCAGGAGGAAGCGCGGAGAAACAGAGACAUGGAAGUCAUCAACAAAGAAAACAUUCCCUCUGGAUUUGGCAAUCUUGAAGACUGUAUUCUAGCUGCUCAGGAAGUAGAAAAAAUGCAAGAAAACAGCUCUGGCUAUCUUAAUGAAAGGAAUAAACCCAAACGGCAGAAAUCCAGCACCAAGCUCUCAGAACUUAAUGACAACCAGGACAGUCCUAUGAGUAUGGAAAGCUUUAGCUCAUCCAGGCCUAUGGACAGAACAGGACACGAUGACAUGGAAGUUUUAUCUGAAGAAAGCAAAGAAAGUGAAAAUGAUGAGGUUUUUUUCAGGCACCCUCAGCUGACUUCAAGUAUGAAGAUUCAAGAACAUCCAAGCAUUCCUGAAAACAAGUUGCAAAGAAAUCAAGAUGCUGAUGAUCAGGAAAACAGCUUUGUGUCAGAAGUGCCUCGGCUGGAUUUGACAGCACUGUGUGAUGACAACAACUGGGAAGAGCCCAUCCCUGCUCUUUCCUCAUGGCAGCGAGACGGCUUAGACUCAGAUGAGGCUCGCCUUUCCCCGCAGGCCGGACGCUUAAUUCGCCAGCUUCUGGAUGAGGACAGUGAUCCAAUGCUGUCCCCUCGCUUCUAUGCCUAUGGACAGAGCCAACAGUACUUGGAUGACACAGAAGUGCCUCCUUCCCCUCCCAAUUCUCAUUCCUUCAUGAGGAGGCGGAGCUCCUCUCUGGGGUCUUACGAAGAUGACAGAGAGGACCUUACCCCUGCACAACUUACCCGGAGGAUUCAGGGACUGAAGAAAAAGAUUCGGAGAUUUGAGGACAAAUUUGAAGAGGAGAGAAAAUACAGACCUUCCCACAGUGACAAAGCAGCCAACCCUGAAGUGCUCAAAUGGACAAAUGAUUUGGCCAAGUUCCGAAAGCAACUUAAAGAGUCAAAACUGAAGCUGUCCGAGGAAGACCUUGGCCCCGUUGUGCGUCAGCGGAGCAACACGCUCCCCAAGAGCUUUGGCUCUCAGCUCGAGAAGGAUGAUGACAAGAAGCAAGACCUGUCGGAUAAAUCUGCCAAACCUGCCGUGGAAGUGACCCUUGACUCUAUCCAGAAGAAGCUUCAAGAGAAACGAGCAGAGACAAACCGACCUGAAGAUAUCAAGGACAUGACAAGAGAUCAGAUAGCAGCUGAAAAAGUGGCUCUUCAAAAAGCUUUGCUGUAUUAUGAAAGCAUUCAUGGCAGACCGGUUACCAAAACUGAACGGCAGGUGAUGAAGCCAUUGUAUGACAGGUAUCGCUUGGUCAAGCAGAUCCUCUCCAGAGCCAACACCAUCCCUAUCAUUGGUUCCCCCUCCAGCAAGCGGAGAAGCCCUUUGCUGCAGCCAAUUAUCGAGGGCGAAACAGCUUCCUUCUUCAAGGAGAUAAAGGAGGAAGAGGAGGGAUCUGAGGAGGACAGCAAUGCUAAGCCAGGUUUCACAAUUACCAUGAAAACUGAUUUCAACGUGCGUAGCUUCUUGGACCAACUAGAAGAUGAUGCCGACGGUUUUGUUUCCCCAGUGGAUGAUAAGAUGCCAUCUAGGAGCAGUCAGGAUAUGGGGCUUUCAAAUCUCCAUGAAGCAUCCAUCCCUGAACUCUUAGAGCAGCUCCAAGACGUCAGGGAAGAGAAGAAGCGCAUCAGAAAAAAACUGAGAGACUUUGAAGAUAACUUUUUCCGACAACAUGGAAGGAACGUGCAGAAAGAAGACCGUGCUCCUAUGGCUGAAGAAUACAAUGAGUACAAGCAGAUUAAGGCCAAGCUGAGGCUGCUGGAGGUCCUGAUCAGUAAAAGAGAUAUCAGCUCCAAGGUCAUGUAAAAGAGGAGAUUGGCUUUGCCAAUAAACAAAUAAGAGUGCAAAUGGACAAAUGCAUGAAGUGGAUGCAGUGGGAGCCUGGCUGGGGAGUGCUGAGCUGCUCCCUGGGAACUGAAGGGCCAUUCCCACAGGCAGGAGGCAGGGCAAAAGGUGGCUUUCCAUCACCCUCUGCACUUGAUGUUGCCCACUCUUUCUCCAGGCCUGAUGCCCAAAAUGGAGUUUGCUGGUGUAGGAGAGAUGAUGCUGUGCUUAGUGACUUCACUGAAGGGAUCCUUCUGUUUUGAUUUGCUUACAGAUCCUGUAAUUUAGGAUGUCAAAACCAGACAUGCUAUUUUUUCCCCAGGAUAUCAUAGCAAGAAGCAAAGUAGAAUGAAUAGUGAUUAAAUCAUCAAGUAGCUUCUCCUUUACUUCAACAGACAAGAGCCCUGGCUGAUCUCAUGUGCAGACACAGGUCAGAUGAUAGCAUGACUACUGUUUUCUUGUUGCUACAGUGAUGAUUUGCUCAGAUUUUUGGCCUGACUGUUUGGAGUCCAGCAUCUUCUGUUGCUCUAGAUAAAUGCUGUAAGAAUCUCCUGGUCAUCACUCAGAGUGUUACAGUUUUGCCUAGGCUUGAGUUGGGUUUACUUUCCACUUUUAAAGGCCUGUUCAACUGAAAUAGAAGAAAGGACUUCCAUCUGUCUGGAAUAGCAAGGAAAUGACCCAUGCAGCCAAAUUCUUGCUGGCUCCUUCUGCUUUGGAAGGUGCUACUGUACCAAUGUAACUGUUUAGGAAACCAGGAGGAAAAGAGGAUUUAAAAGCUGUAGGCCAGAAUCCCCUGGGAUUUCAAUAGCUGAUGAGCUAAAUGCUCAGUGUCAGGUAUCUGGAAGAUCCCCUCUCUAGUAUGUGUGUGCAUCAUCAUCUGAUACAGACCUAAGAGUCCAUAGGACCAUCAUACAUACUCAGCCUAAAUUUUGGGGUUUGUGUACACCAUCAGUCAGAUUGUGUGGGCUGCAGCUAUGACACAGUGAUGGUGGCAGCAGAGGAUGGACUUUUCUUCCAGGUGUGUACUGGUGGUAUACCAUCACAGAGGAUGCUGCAGGGAACUGAAAGCAUGGAGCAGUGCUCUGCCUGUAGAAAUGUCCUAUGGCUCAGGUGCAUCUACUGAUAACUCAGCAUUUUUCUGCUGACUUUCACAAAUGGUCCUGGGACGCCUGAAUCAGGUAGUAACAUUAGACAGAUGCUGCCUGAAGGAGUGAAAAAGCAGCAAGUUGUGGAACUCACUAAGUAGCUGAGGUCUUGCAGUUCUGCAGUCCCGGACCACCUGGGCUCACUUUCCCACUCCAGAGACUUGUGUGCACAAACUCAUUCUGCCCUCAGCCAGGGCUCAAUCCUGAUGUCCUAGGAUUGUCAUGGGACAUGCUUGCUUUUGCCUUGAUCCCCUGAGGAGCUCAGGUGCAGAAACCAAAUGGCUGACAUCAAAUGCAGUGGCAGUCACCGGAGCCAGGCCUCACGUAAGUCACACCAGAGGAGGCAAAAGGACCCCCAAAACAACUUCUCCCCCUUUUCUUCCUUUAUAUGGGCAAGUGGGCUCACAAAUUGGUGUAUUUGGGUUGUGGUGCUCAGACAUACCUUCCACUUGCUGAAUGUGCGUCUUCAUUCUUGCCAAAAGUGAUGCUGGGGAUGGUCUGAUCUUUCCAGCAUCGUCGCGUAAGCACUUCAAAAGGCAGUCUUCUCCCAGUGGGUUUGCACAAUUCCUGUUACUAGUCUGGAGGGGCAAGGCAGUGAUGUGCAUUAGUUAGUGAAAGCACUUCAGAGCAGAAUGCCCAGAUCAUGGUGGGUUUUUUUUCACUGCUUGCAGAAUUGCCUGUUCCAUGUGCAAUCAGUGAAGACUGAAUUUCUGUUUCCAAAGAGUCCAGAGGACUUGUGUGCUGACCUGGAGUUUAGCUUUUCAGCCAUGCCCAGUUUCCAUCAGCCUCCACAAAACUGAUGCUUUGAGUGUGUUAACAAGGCUGACAGGUGUGCACAAAAGCUGAGUGUGAAGAUGUCUGUCUAAACUCUGAACACAGGGCAGCCCAGGAAAACAGAGCUGUGCCCUUCGCCUUCAGCCAGCUCUUGCCCUCUCUUCCUCUGAGUCUGCAAUGUGCUCUGCCUGGGCAUUUUAGAUAAAGCAGCUGAGCCAGACUGGCUGCACCAUCGCUCGGCUAGCGGAAGCGUGGGAUGAGAGAGGAUGUUUGGCAAUGAAAAUGUCUUUAGCAGCAGCUCAGUUUUGUAUUGUUCAGGCCCAGUUCAGCAAAGUGAAAACAUGCAUGGUGAGCAUGUGCCUCAGGCUGGCCUGCAGCUGGGGUUUUGCUGAAUUGGGAUGAACUAGAGCUUGGGCACUGUGCUGAACCUGGGCCUGGACAAGUGCAUGUGAACACGAGAAGCAGCUUCUGCCUUUUUUUCCAGUGGGCCAAGGCCUCCCAGGAGUAAGCCUGUUUUCUCUGCUUAUUUUGACAAAGCCUGUUUGCACUGUGUACUGGUGAAUUACCUGUUUUGCUGGGGUGUGCCCCUGACAAGGCUUGAUAAAUGGUACGUAGGGAACGCUCUGGUUUAUUUUUGACCUGAGGAGACUGUAGCAUUUUCUGAUGCUUAGUUAAUGCUGUUUACAUGGUAUACUGCUAGAACUUCAGAUAGUUUCUAUGAAAUGUAAGUACAAUUAUGCACUUUAGAGAGUUUCUAUUUUUUGAAUUUUGAAAGCUGAAAGUAACAAAACCUGGUAACUGAUUGUACAUUAAAAGAAAAAAAAAAAACCAAAUUGAAACAAACUAAGCGAAAAAGCCACACCCAGACAUCUGUUUUCAGACUUUUUGAGUGUUUUGCUGUGGCAAAAAAAACCAACCAAACUCACCAUGGUUUGCCUCAUUGUGAAGCCAGCUGCUGGGAAUGGCUGUGGCAGAGAAGGGAAUUUUAAAAUUCCAGUGCUGGGAAGAUGCUGUACCGAUGCUCAGUGUUCUGUCCUCGGGUACCAGAUGCUGUGAUUCCCCUCCUCAAAGCCUGCACAGGAGGAAGGCCCCAGGGCCUGAGCACUACAAUGUUGUCUUUGUAUCUCCCACAGAUGAUUUGACUUCUCACUAACCACAAAUAGCCAGAAAUGGUUUGCCCUGCCACACUCAAAGUCCAUCCAAGCAACAUUUUGUUUGAUCAUUUUUCUAUGCCAACAUCAAUCUGUUGACUGGAGAACAUUAAAUACAAGACUGUGUGUUUAAAAGGUGUGAAGUACUGUACAGAAGUGUACUUUAUGUGAGAUAAAUAAGCUGUUUAGUAGAAGAGAACCUGUUUCCAGGUCACUAGAACAAACUGUGCUGUAGGAGGGCAGUGCUGGGCUUUCCAUCCACUGAAGCUGUUCCAGAUGCAUCUCUGUGUUACCACAGAGCGGUAGAAUAAAUCAUUGUGGUUUAUUUCAAUGAUGAUGAGCAGGUUGUGGACAAAGUAAGACUGCAAGAGCUAAGGUGAGGAAAAAUGUGUUGUCCUUACAAGCUGCAUUUGCAUUACUCCUGAGUGACCAGUCCAAUAAUGAAUGUCUGUGUUAAAAGCAGUGAAAUUAAAGCAAUUUAUCUUUUAA